AUGAGCCCGAACGUACGUGAUCCGGUCUUAAAUCCGAUUCUCUCCGGUGUUUUUUCGUCUGGGCAACUUGUCACUGUUAGCGCUGUCAUCGUCCUGCAUGCCACGGCCUCUCUUUUCGCUUCUCAGUCGUUGGAUUUAUAUCGGCAUCCGCCCCAAGAGAGACGCAAGCGAUGA